GAGCGAGACUUUCCUCUUCCUCGAGGGACGAGCAAUCAUGAUCACUAUCUUGCAAAAGCGACCAUUCGAGGCAGUAGAUGCCGAAGAUGGCACAGCGAGCAGUGCGACAGGUGUACAGCAGACGAAGCGACAUUUCAUGCGCAAGACGGCAAAAGGACGUGUCAUCAAAGUCAUAAGAGAGCAGUAUUUGCGCAACGAUCUGCCAUGUGGAUCCUUGUGCUGCCGAGACUGCGGCAGCCUUUAUGUACCCGAUGAUGUUCCUCGAUUGAACAUGACGGCCCAAGAGAGGGCAGGCAGACGGGCUCAAGACGAUGUACAGGGCCCUGUACUCAGCUCACAGGGUCGUCCGCCGUUGCAGGGCAGUUCAGCGUCACAUUACCUGGUCAUUGAUACCAAUAUUGCCUUACAUCAGAUGGAUUUGUUAGAGUCGUCACACUUUGGACAAGAUAUCAUACUGCUACAGACCGUCAUCGACGAGACGCGACAUCGCUCUCUGCCGCUGUAUAAUCGACUGCGUGCACUCAUUGCGGAUGAAGAUCGACGAGUCUAUACCUUUUGGAACGAAGCGAGAAAUGACACGUAUGCGCAAAAGGUGGAUGGCGAAACGAUCAAUGAUAGGAAUGAUCGUGCGAUACGCCAAGCAGUCCGAUGGUACUCGAGACAUCUCGCUAAGCAGAGCCGCAAAGGCAAAAGUACGCCCGACAUAGUACUUGUCAGCGAUGAUGCCGGCAACCGAGGCAAAGCACAAGCCGAAGGAAUUACGGUGUACUCUACAAAAACAUACGUCGACGCAAUGCCAACGGAAGCCUCGACUUACCUCGUCGAUCUGGUAGCGCGCGUCGGUCACGUCAGCGAUCCUGAAGAUCUCAUAAGCUCCACGAAGCCCACCAGCUUCUUCUCAGAGUAUCUUCCUCUUGGCGAAUUGCAGUCCGGUGUGGCGAGCGGCCGGUAUCUGCAGGGCCACUUCAAUCCAAAUCCAUACAAUUAUCUCGAGGGCUCGGUGAUGGGCGGAGGUCUGCAGAAGCCAAUAUUGCUCGUGGGGCGGGAAGCAAUGAACAGGAGUACUGCCGGUGAUUUGGUCGUCGUUCAACUCUUGCCAUCUACCCAAUGGAAGCGUGCAGCCGAUCAAGUCGUCGAUCGUGAUGCGGUCGCAAAGGACGAUGACCCAGAAGAGACGACUGAAGAGCCAGAUAGCACAGACGCAAAGGAGCAAAAGGAAACUGCGGUGUCAGAUCAGGGCCAGGCGCAGCCGACAGGCCGAGUCGUCGGUAUAUUACGUCGAGCUUGGCGAUCGUACGUCUGUCAUCUAGAUACGUCGACUCUCGCCCCCGCUGCGCUCGAAUCGCUUGGCACACAGAGCGUCUUCGCUGUGCCUACCGAUCGCAAAAUACCACGGAUUCGCAUUCGGACGCGUCAGAUCUCUGCACUCGUCGGUCAAAAGUUUCUUGUCUCGAUCGAUUCGUGGGAGGUCAGUUCACGCAGUCCGGAAGGUCAUUUCAUCCGAGCACUCGGCACAGUAGAGAACAAGGAAGCAGAAAUUGAAAGCUUGCUGCUCGAGUGGGAUGUGCCAUAUCGACCCUUUUCCGGCUCAGUGCUCAAAUGCUUGCCUGCCGAGGGUGACACCUGGCAUGUCCCGCCUAAGCAAGAUGGUGGCCCAGCAUGGCGCGGACGCGAAGAUCUGCGCGAGCUUAACAUUUGCAGCAUCGAUCCGCCUGGCUGUCAAGACAUCGACGACGCCUUGCAUGCUCGCAUGCUGCCCAAUGGCAAUGUUGAAGCCGGCGUGCAUAUCGCAGAUGUGUCGUACUUUGUCCAUCCCGACAACCCAAUGGACGCAGAAGCAGCCUCGCGUGGCACAACAGUUUAUCUGGUCGACAAACGCAUCGACAUGCUUCCCGCUUUGCUGGGCACCAAUCUCUGCUCAUUGCGCCCUUACGUUGAGCGGCUGGCAUUCUCAGUCAUCUGGGAGCUCGACAGCAAUGCCAACAUCGUCAGUACUCGCUUCACGAAGUCUGUCAUUGCGUCCAAAGCCGCAUUCACAUACGAAGCCGCGCAAAAGCAUAAAGACGAUCAAACGCAGACAGACGAACUUGCGCAAAAUAUCCGCUUGCUGAAUAAACUUGCGAUUGCUCUUCGAGGCAAGCGCAUGGCAGCCGGUGCCCUGAAUCUCGCUUCUCCAGAAGUCAAAAUCCAUAUGGAGAGCCCAGAAAGCACAGGUCCGGUCGAUGUAGAGCAGAAGCAAUCUUACGAGACAAAUAGCUUGGUUGAAGAGUUCAUGCUUCUUGCCAAUAUCAGCGUUGCGGCCAGGAUACAGCAGCAGUUCCCGCAGACUGCGGUCUUGCGUCGUCAUUUGCCCCCACCGUCCGACAACUUCGAUGUUUUGACGGAUGUGUUGACAAAGCGCAAAGGUGUUACGCUCGAUGUCUCAAGCUCAGGCCGACUCGCAAGCUCGCUUGACGAAUGUGUCGAUCCGAGCAACCCGGACUUCAACACCCUCGUGCGAAUCAUGGCGACGCGUUGCAUGCUCAGUGCAGAGUACUUUUGUUCUGGUAGCGUGGCAGCUAAUGCCUUUGGGCACUACGGUCUUGCCACACCGAUCUACACCCAUUUCACCUCGCCGAUAAGACGAUACGCUGAUAUUCUUGUACAUCGACAGCUCUUUGCAGCCAUAUCAUCGACACCGCUGCAUUCGGCCAUGCAUUCGCGAGAUCACGUCGACGGACUGAUGAGCAAUAUCAACAAGCGUCACCGCAGCGGUCAACAAGCGGGGAGAGCUUCCGUUGAAUUUUACGUUGCUCUUGCAUUGCAAGGCAAGGAAGAGGCCAGCGUCGAAGCGGGUGCAGGCAAGAUACGGGAGGAUGCGUACGUCAUCCGGGCCUUCAAGAACGGGGUGGCCGUGUUCGUCUCAAAGCUCGGCCUAGAAGGCUUGGUGACAUUCAAGCGCGAAGUUAAAUAUGACCCGGACCGUUACGAGCUCUCGGUUCCGACCAACACUGGGGCUGUGACCAUUGGUGUCUUUGACAAGGUCAAAGUUGAGAUCACCGUCGAGAAGGACAAGAACACGCGUCGUGGAAAGGUUCAUAUGGCACUUGUCUUUCCGGUCGACUCGCGCAAGAUCUGAAUGUCAUGACGCUUCAUUGCACAACAUGAGACUUUGUGAUUUGCAGUGCACAGGGACGAUCAUAGCUUGGCGCGAACAGCGCCCUUCUUUACUUCGACGACUGUGUUGAUGAGAGUUCCAAGCCCAUGUGAGCCCUGCAAAAACAACAUCAGCCUACCACUGAGCGACGGACGAAGCGCCUACCGAAAUGCGGAUGUCGUCGCCAUGACGGAGCCAAACCGGAGGCUUCUGC